AUGGCUUUAAAAGGGGGAGGGGGUUUAGCUGCCCCUGUCCCCUUUGUCACGCCGCCCCAGGUGGCAGCUGUCACCUCCCCGGCUCUGCUCUGCCCUCAGGGACCCGCCGGGGGCUCCAAGGACGAUUGUGCCACCAACCUGUUCACGGCCAGCGGCGAGUGCUGCCGCGCCUGCAACGUGGGCGAGGGCGUGGUGCAGCCCUGCGGGGUCAACCAGACCGUGUGCGAGCCCUGCCUGGACAGCGUCACCUUCUCGGACACGGUGAGCGCCACGGAGCCGUGCCGGCCGUGCACGCAGUGCGGGGGGCUGCAGAGCAUGUCGGCGCCCUGCGUGGAGUCGGACGACGCCGUCUGCGUCUGCACCUACGGCUACUUCCAGGACGAGCGCAGCGGGAGCUGCCGGCAGUGCCGCGUCUGCGAGGUCGGCUUCGGGCUGAUGUUCUCGUGCAAGGGCUCGCAGGACACGGUGUGCGAGGAGUGUCCGCCCGGCACCUUCUCCAGCGAGGCCAACUUCGUGGAUCCCUGCCUGCCCUGCAGCAGCUGCGAGGAGAACGAGGUGCUGGUGCGCGAGUGCACGGCCACGGCGGACGCCGAGUGCCGCGCCCCCAAACCCGACGGGAGCCCCUACGCGGCUCUGCCGGCCAGCAAGCAGGAGGAGGUGGCCAAGCUGCUGGGCAGCUCAGCGCAGGACUCGUGGCGGCAGCUGGCGGGCGAGCUGGGCUACCAGGAGGAGCUGAUCGCCUCCUUCACGCGGGACACCCCAGGGCACACAGGGAUGGACAGGAACACCCUGGGGAUGGACAGUGACACCCCGGAGAUGGACAGGCACACCCCAGGGAUGGACACCCCCAAACCCGACGGGAGCCCCUACGCGGCUCUGCCGGCCAGCAAGCAGGAGGAGGUGGCCAAGCUGCUGGGCAGCUCAGCGCAGGACUCGUGGCGGCAGCUGGCGGGCGAGCUGGGCUACCAGGAGGAGCUGAUCGCCUCCUUCACGCGGGAGGAGUCGCCGGCCCGGGCUCUGCUGUCGCACUGGGGGCGCCGCGACUCGGCCACGCUGGAGGCGCUGGUGGCCGCCCUGCGCCGCGCGCAGCGGGGCGACAUCGCC